GAGUGGGCGGCCCUGCUUUUACUACAUCAACGUUCAACGUUCAACAGGCCUAGGAGUACAAUAGUUGCUAUCGUGACCAAUGGAGAAGCCCUUCAAGUUAGCCAACUGCAGGUCCUUCGCAGUGGACGGUUGUCCUAGAACAAUUUUGAAAGCAAUAGUGGACCGUUUCUCUGGCAUGGCAAUGGGAAGUCAUUGUCUUUCGCCACACGGCCCACACUAGCUGGGUAUAUAAACAACUGAAGAGUCUGAAUUUGUUUUGGAGAAAUAACUUGACUUCACCUGCACUCGAAAUUCUCGAUAACUUGACAGUUCUCCUCUGAUUUCCUUGAUUUACCUCAAAUAUCUACACGAUCCCAAGAAAGAUCCUCGCAGUAUCAUGGGGACCGACCGAAAGCCAAAUCCACUACGCUAUGUGAAUCUCGAGGAGUGGGACGAUGGCCCUGUAUACGGUGAUAUAAAAUUUCAAGAAUGUCAACCGGACGAUUUCGAUGAUCCGUGGCCUUAUAGAUUUCAGCAUGGCGACUGUGUGUGGAUCCAUUCCACAGGUUAUGAGUGGUAUCAAGGGAAAAUUGUCGGCCAGCCCAAGGUUGGCCGGACGAUGAAGGGUGAAGGACUUUUUUGGCUUGUCACUUAUAAUCGAAAUAUGCGCAGAUAUGCAGCGCCUCUAAAUGGCGAGUUGAAGCCUGAUACUCCGCAUAUAAAACAAAUGCUGGAGGAAGCAGGCGUGCUGGCACACCACUCAACGGCUCAGUGAUUUCCUUUAUGUUUUGUAUGAUAACCGACAUUGCAUUAAUAUUGUACAUGAUUAUCGCUACCAUCCAUUCGUUGACCUGUAUUAUCCCAUUGUUCCGCCUUUAAAGCUUUAAAGAAAUAAGUUCUCGGC